UCUUUGCAGACGAAAAUAUUAUGUUUUGUGUUUUUGUAUUUUCGUGUAUUUUCGGGAUUAUCAGGCAGGCAACAAUCAGACCUUAAAUCACACUUAAAUCAGUAUUUAUAGUAAAUAUGUGGCGUCAGUUGUCGUUUCGAAUAUUUCUUACCCCAAAGAAAUCAUUAAGUAAUAAUACAUGCAAAUUGAAUUCUGCUUAUCAGCAAAUACAUCAUCACCAAAUAGUCAAUGGGAUCAGUCACAAAGCAUGUUUUAAAAGAGAUUUUGCUAACCAACUUGAAGGAGUAUCUCGAUUUUUGACUUUUCGACCACAAUUAAUGAAUUCCUUAAGACAAUUUUCAGAAGAAAAAAUUGAGAUAAAGUCUGAUGCAACUGAAUUGCUAGAUGAUGAGAGUUGGCACAGAAUUGGCGAUUCAGAAGAAAUAGAAGAAUUUGAUGAAUUUGAAGGAGUUUCCUUAGAGCGAGGGAUCACUGGAGUAUUUGAUAUUGAAGAAUUUGUGGACAUCUUAUCCCAACAAAAGCUUGACCAAAUAGUUGUAAUUGCUGUUCCACCAGAGUUGAAUUAUGUAGAUUACAUGGUGAUCACUACUGGAAGAUCUCCUAAGCAAAUGACUGCUAUUGCAGAAUUCAUAAGAAAAGUUUUCAAAAGGCGGUGUUUUGAGACAGAUCCUUUACCAGUUAUAGAAGGGAAAGAUAAUAAAGAUUGGAUUGCCUUGGAUCUGGGAAAUAUUGCACUGCAUAUAUUUUCAAGCAAAACAAGAAAAAUAUAUGACCUUGAAACAUUGUGGACAUGUGGAGCAGAUUUUGAUGACCUAUCCAAUGAGAAGGAGGAUGUUGUGGCAAGCUUAAUGAAGGAACAUACUUUCCCCAGUCUGAACUCAUAGUUCAUGUAAAGAUGUUAUUUUUUUGCUCAAUAGAUGAUUUUGUACUAUCA